AUGAGUGCCCACAGCUGCCCAGCGCAGGCGCAGCUGCCCAUGUGGGCAGCUGCCCUCAAGGGAAGGCUGCCCAGCUGGAAGCUGCAGGCCUUCAAUCUGGGCAUAGCGGUGUUUAUGCCCUGGGGCUGGGGCGCAUGUGGCCUGUCAUUAGCCAGCCGACUGACGUCAGCUUGGGAAGCAGCAGCGUCCCAGCGCCGCAUUCCCGGCGCAGCCAGCGCGCCAGGUGGCACCAGCUCAGCGACUAGGCGGUCGCGGGAGCGGCUGGGAGCGGCCGGGUGGCUAGCAAUGGCGGCGUGGCAUAGCAUGGGGCUUGGUGGGAGCCGGUGGGACACCGGGCAGCAGCAGUGGCCAUGGGUUCUCGGAGGUCCCAGUCGGCAAGUGGCGGCGACCACUGUGGGUGGUGACUCAGCUGAGUGCAAGGGAGAGGAUGUGGUUGGCCGCUUGAGGGUGCCGCAGUAUCUUCUGCUUGCCAGGACCCUGCUCCUGCCUCCGUUCGCCUCCGCCGUCGCAAGCGAUGGAGAAGCUUCCGGCGCAGCUGCCGGGCAGCUUCUGGCGCCGGGCAGCGGCGGCGGGCCCAUCAGGCACAAUGGGCAGCUGCAGCGGCCGCUGCCGUGGCUGUGGUGGGCCGCGCGCGCUCUGGCGGUGCAGCAGAGAGUGUUAUCGGGGCCUGCCGCCAGCGCCAGCAGCCAGAUAGGACUCUUCCCUGGGGCAUGA